AUGAUCACCUAUGCUAUCCAGCAGUACAAAGUCGAUGCAACGAAGGUUUUCGUGACCGGUGGCAGCUCAGGGGCCAUGAUGAGCAACGUCCUUGCAGCGACGUACCCGGAUCUCAUCCAAGCUGUGUCUCUAUACAGCGGCGUUGCGGCUGGCUGCUUCGUCUCUUCCUCGGGAGGCGUUGAUCAGUGGAACAACACGUGCUCCGGAGGGCAGUCCAAGGCAGCGCCGGAGGCUUGGGGUAAUGUGGUCCGCAAUAUGUAUCCUGGCUACAAUGGAACCCGGCCCAGGAUGCAGAUAUGGCACGGGAGCGCGGACAGCACGCUGGCGCCGCAAAAUUACCAGGAGGAAAUCAAGCAGUGGACCAAUGUCUUCGGUGUUAGCCAAACUCCAACCUCAUCCGUGAAGAACUACCCACAGGCCAACUAUCAGACGGACAACUAUGGUCCCGAUGUCCAGGGCAUAUAUGCCACUGGAGUCGGCCAUUCAGUCCCGGCCAACUUGACGGCAAGCGAGCAGUGGUUUGGACUUUGA